AUGUCGACGGCCGUGGAAGCCACCGGCUUCGUCAUGUGCCUCGUCAGCUGGCUGAUCACCGGCGCCGCGCUGGCCAACGACUACUGGAAGAUCUCCACCGUGUCCGGCAGCGUCAUCAUCUCCCAGAGGCAGUUCGAGAACCUGUGGCACUCCUGCGCCGAGAACAGCGCCGGCAUCGCCGAGUGCCGGGACUUCGAGUCGAUGCUCGCCCUCCCAGCUCACAUCCAGGCGAGUCGCGCCCUGAUGAUCAUGUCUCUGCUGCUCGGCCUCGCCUCCAUGAUCGUGUCUCUGCUCGGCCUGAAGUGCAUCAAGAUGGGCUCGGCCACCGACCAAUCCAAGGCCAAGAUCGCCAUCAGCGGAGGCGUCCUGAGCAUGCUGGCAGGGCUGUGCUGCAUGAUCUCGGUCUCCUGGUACGCCUACAGAGUCGUGGAGGACUUCCACAACCCGUUCUUUGGUGGCGUGAAGUUCGAGCUGAGUACUGGUCUCUACUUGGGAUGGGGCGGGUCCUGUCUGGCCAUACUGGGUGGAGGAUUUCUCUGCUCCGCCUUUAAGAGAAUGACACCUGAAGGAAAGAAAAGCGGCUUCUAUGGAAACAAGGCCCCGAGGGUCUACACGGCGACAGCCAAGUCCGAUCCAGAUUCAGCCAGAGCCUACGUCUGAACAUCUGGACACCUUCGAGGACGUCGUGCUGUCUCUCAUUGGUUUCCUGACAUUGUCCUGACCCAUGUAAACUAAAUCAACAAAGUUAUAACCCUCAAAAUAAGAAGGAGACCAGCUGUUUGUCCCCCGAUGCGAUGA